UAUUAUUUUUCAUUACCCCUGUGCAAAGCAGCGUAAUAAUUUCAUUUAAUUUUAAAUAAAUAUUUUAAUAAAAUGAACAUAACACCUUUAUUACGUACCGGCACAUUAAUUGCAAAUCGACAAUUGGUGCGUCAAUAUGCCUUUAAGUCAGAUUUAAAAAUAAAAUGGGUAAGACCCGAAAAGAUACAAUCUAUUGAUCCAGCCAAAAGUGGUGAUUGCAGCAAACUGCCAGCAGUUAAUGGUCAGACACUAAUGAAAGGUUUUGACAAAUCAAAGGAAUUGGAAACAGCUGAUGCCAUGGUACGUUCCUUAUUUGAAUUAGGUAAUAAUCCUAAUUAUCUUACCACCAACUUCUAUCGUGAGCAGAUGAUUAAGGAAGUGCAAAGACAUCCUUUAGAUUUUGGCUCCAUGGAAGCGAGAUUGGCCCGAAUGACUGCUACCAUUAGACGUUAUCAAGAGUAUAUGCAGGAACAUCCCCGCGACAAAAAACGCAAAGUACAACUUAAGGAAUUAAUCGAGAAACGCAAGAAGUUCCUUAAGUAUCUAAGACGUUGGGAUUACAGACGUUUUGAGUGGAUUUUAGAAAAAUUAGAUUUAGUCUACAAACCACCACCAGUAGAAUUCCACUGGAUUACCCGUAAAGAAUCCUUACAAAAACUGACCGACAUACAUUGCGAGCAAUUGAAACAGGAAAGGUUGAAUGAGUAUCGUAAGACAUUGGAAGAGCAACAGAUACCAUUUUUGGAAGAUGCCAUUAAAAAAAUGGAAUUUAUACGCCAGGAACAAAUUGAUUUGGAUAUACCAGUGACUGUUACCAAGGAAGAGAUAGAAGAGCACAAAAAACAAUUGGAAGAAUUGAAACUCUUUAGGGAGGAAACGAAAGCAGCAGCGAAGAAGGAUGAACUAAUAAAAUAUUAAUUAAUUAUUGCUGUUAAUAGUAAAUGUUAUAUAGAAAUUAAAACAAAAUAAUUUGAAUUUAUAAUUCUUUUUUCCGCACUUCGAUGCUCCGUCACUAAAAUUAUAACUUUAAAAACAAAUCUAGAAUCGUUAUGCAGAUUACACACAAAUCUAGAAUCGUUAUGCAGAUUAACAUGAAAAUGCUCCUUAUUACUCCGUUUUUAUUGGAAUACCUUUCUUCGCUCUGGGGGAAUCGUAAGGACUAAGUAAAAAACAUAAAUUUAUCAAAUUCAACAUUAGAUAAUAAAUUACGAUCACCUAACAAACGAUUAAAUAAAACAACUUUGAAAUUUUCUUACAAAGCUUUAAGAAAAGCUCAUUUCA